AGCGGGUGGUUAUCUUUACAGAGAGUGUACACACACGCACACACAACCAGAGCCCCGUACCCCCCCAGUGGUCAUUUUGAGGCCACGGUGUCAGUGAGACUGGAGCCCUGGUACUCGUACACCCACUGGUACCCCAUGGCCUCGUCCCAUGUGAAGAGGGACGUCCUGGAGCCAGUGCCCAAGAUGCAGCCGGCCAUGAUGCUGUUCUCCAGCAGGUACUGGUCCCGCAGGGGGAUGUCCCUGGACUCGGCCAUGUUGGAGCAGCGCGGCCAGGGCCAGCCUCAACGCCACACAGGCGGCCAGAUGUCCCGGCGGUCCUCCUUCUGCCCCAUCAACGAGCACCCGGAGAAGGAGAACGCAGUGGAGUCCGGCCAGACGGCCGUGGUGUUCUCCCUGAAGGACGAGGUGGGCUGCCUGCUCAAAGCACUGCGCAUCUUCCAGGAGAAGCAUGUCAAUCUGAACCACAUCGAGUCCCGUAAGUCCAAGCGCGUGGCCCGCGAGGUGGAGAUCUACGCCGACUGCAGCUGCAGUAAGAAGGAGUUCAACGACCUGCUGCAGCACCUCAAGGACCACGUCAACAUCAUCUCCUACAACACCCCCGCCCAGCUCUGGUCCACUGAGGCUGACGACGAGGAUGUUCCGUGGUUUCCAAUGAAGAUCUGCGACCUGGACCAAUGCUCGAAGAGAGUGUUGAUGUACGGGUCCGAACUGGAUGCCGAUCAUCCAGGGUUCAAGGACAAUGUGUAUCGCCAGCGGAGAAAAUACUUUGUGGAGGUGGCGAUGGAUUAUAAAUCCGGACAGCCUAUCCCUCGCGUCGAAUACACCCAAGAGGAAAUCAAAACUUGGGGCGUCGUCUUCAGGGAACUCACCAAACUAUACCCCACCCAUGCCUGUCGGGAAUACCUCAAAAACCUCCCCCUCCUGACCAAGUUCUGUGGUUACAGAGAGGACAAUAUACCGCAGUUGGAAGACGUUUCUGUUUUUCUUCGAGAAAGGUCUGGCUUCACUGUGCGUCCCGUAGCCGGCUACCUCUCGCCCAGAGAUUUCUUGGCAGGUCUGGCCUAUCGGGUGUUUAACUGCACCCAGUAUAUCCGCCACAGUGUGGAUCCUCUCUACACACCUGAACCAGACACGUGUCACGAGCUUCUGGGCCACGUGCCGCUCUUGGCCGAUCCGAAGUUCGCCCAGUUCUCCCAGGAGAUCGGACUGGCGUCCCUCGGAGCCUCUGAUGAGGACGUGCAGAAACUGGCCACGUGCUAUUUCUUCACCAUUGAGUUUGGCUUGUGCAAGCAGGACGGACAACUGAGAGCUUACGGCGCCGGGUUACUGUCUUCUAUAGGAGAGCUGAGGCAUGCCCUGUCUGACCAGGCCCGUGUGAAGAUGUUUGACCCGCGGACCACCUGCAACCAGGAGUGCCUGAUCACCACCUUCCAGGAGGUCUACUUUGUCUCCGAGAGCUUCGAGGAGGCUAAGGAGAAGAUGAGGGAUUUUGCCAAGACUAUUAAAAGGCCUUUCUCGGUGUACUACAACCCUUACACCCAGAGCAUCGACCUGCUCAAAGACACCCGGAGCAUAGAGGACGUGGUCCAGGAUCUCCGGAGCGACCUCACCACCGUGUGUGAUGCUCUGGGCAAAAUGAACACCUACUUGGGCAUUUGAGUUCGUCGGCUCUCUGCUGCCCCCUGUCUCGCUUUGUAUGUAAUGACGCCACACACACUGCUUCUACUAGAGCUCCAGAAAAAGGUUUAGCUUGAGCUUUAAUUAAUCUAUUCUAUGUUAAGAUAUGACCAGGACACACAGUAGUAUCUGCAUAAAUGUUAAGAAAUGUGUAAUGGGUAAUCGUAACAAUCACAUGCAUCAGUAGAUAAUCUACAACACCAAGAAAACAGUUCUGUAGCUUGGACUCGUUGAUGUUGCUUGCUAUCUGUCAUUUCUAUCUGUCAUUUCUAUUUAAGUUCAAUAAUAAACCAAAUCGAUGUUC